AUGUUUCCCCGCCCAAUUUUGCCCGCCAACCCCCUCACCUCUUCCGCGUCAAAACGGCUCGAGCGGAACAAGUCCGCUGAAGCGGGUAUCAUGGCGGAUGUUCUCCGCGUCCCCGCGCGCAAAGCUUUCCCCGUGGAAGCAUUCAGCGCGGAUGAAGAUUCCGCGGGGAUUCCCACAGGCGGAACUUUGAGCUCCGCCGCAACCCUGAGCUCCGCCAGUUGCCACCACGGUGUGAUCCCAACGCCCGGCAUGGGGUUGACGUUCACGAAGCUGUUUGCGCGGUGGGUGGGCAAGAGGGACAUGCGCAUUCUCAUGGUGGGGCUGGACGCGGCGGGCAAAACAACGAUUCUAUACAAGCUCAAGCUGGGAGAGCUUGUUACAACCAUCCCCACUAUUGGCUUCAAUGUGGAGACAGUGGAGUAUAAGAACAUCAGCUUCACUGUGUGGGACGUGGGGGGCCAGGAUAAGAUUCGCCCUCUGUGGAGGCAUUAUUUCAACAACACUCAAGGGUUAAUCUACGUGGUGGACAGCAACGACAGGGAGAGAGUGAUGGAGGCGAGGGACGAGCUGCACCGCAUGCUCAAUGAGGACGAGUUGCGUGACGCGACUCUCCUCGUCUUUGCCAACAAGCAAGACCUUCCCAACGCGAUGAACGCUGCUGAGAUCACCGACAAGCUCGGGCUUCACUCGCUGCGCCACCGCACCUGGUACAUUCAGAGCACCUGUGCCACGUCAGGGGAGGGCCUCUAUGAGGGUCUGGACUGGCUCUCUAACAACAUAUCCGCUAAAGAUUAA